UCAUAAUGUCGAAUGUAGAUACUCGGACGGGGACCUUGGUAAUACCAACGAAAUGUGCGUGACAUAAUAUAAAUCACUAUAUCUAUAUCGUUAUAAUAUUAUAUUGGCUGUUAUUAUAUUUUUACAAAAAGAAAACAAUUUCUAUUAUUACAACUUUUUUUUAAAAGUUCUACAUUUUUGUUUUCACUUGUGUUAUUAAUGCGGGAAUGUUAUCAGAAAUCAGCUAAGAUUCAAUAGUGUACAAAUAUUUGUAAUGAAAAUAAUAUUAUGAUGUUCUAUGCAGUCUUACGAAACGUUUUUUUUUCCACGAUUAAGAGGUUAUAACAUGUAUUUAACAUGGACAAAAGUAAGAAUAAAACAUCUAUGGAAUUUUCUCGAAAUAUUAGCUCCAGCUAUUCAAUUCAGUUUGGAGAUAAUACUUUGGGAAACACUUUGGAUGAACGAAUACAAGCUGCUAAAGCGGCAGCAAUAAAAGGAAAACGAUCACAAAAACAAAAUAUCAAUGAUAGAUUACAUAUGAAAAACAAUAUUCAUGGGUUCAAUAUUGAAAAAUCCAAUAAAAUAAAUUUUAGUUCUUCAAAUAAGACUCAUAUAAAAUCCAAUGAAACAUUAGAAACCAAAAAAAAAAUCAGGCAACACUCUCAAUUAACAAAACCAAAUAAUUCUGAAUUGUUACCAAUCAGUGGAAAUUUACAAAAUAAACUUAAUGUGUCAAAUUCAAAAAUAGCACCUAAAGCUAGUGGAUUAAUGCAACGACGAUUAGAAGCAAUUAAAUCCAAAAAGUUGUCCAAUAUUUUUUCUUCUGAAUAUGAUAACGAAAUUUCCUCUUCAACGUGCUCACCUUUUUCUAAUCCUUCAAUGAAACAAAUAAAACCACUUAUAAAAAAUGUUAUUUCCAUACAGUCUGGUGUAAAUAAUUUGUCCAUUAAAGUCCUAAGCAAUAAAAAGACAUGUGCUCAAAAAUCAUCAUCUUCCGUUACAAAUGAACAUUGUAAUCGUUUUGAAGAAGUUCCUGCUGCAACAAACUCAUCUGUACAAAAUCGACUUAUUAGAGCAAGAAACGAAGUACAUGCUAAGUCUGCUCACCAAAAUGCAACCAAAACUAAAUUACUUAAUAAACCUAAUGUUUCGCAAUCUAUUAAUAAAAAUCACUCGGCUUCUCUGGCUGACCGGCAAAAUAAACAUAAAGUGAGUCCACAUAAUGAUAGAACCAAAGUUAAGCGGCUUUGCACUAAUUCUCAAAGUGCAAUCAAUUGUCAAACAAAAUCAAACACUGUUGUUUCAACUGUUAAAAAAAUUGCUGUUUCAAAUAAACCUAACAUCAAAAAUAUUAUUAAUAAACAGUUGAUCACCAUUAAAGAAAAAUCAAUUUCGUUUUCUCAAACAAAAGCAGAGCAAAGGGAAGCAGUAACACAGAUGAUAGAGAAGCCCAAAGAAUCAACAACCAGAUUACCUCAAAGUCGAAUAAAUAAUUUUAGUUUUGUUGUGCCUGAACAGUAUUCUGCUCAACAACGAUUAGAAAAUAUAAAAAAAGGUUUAAAUCCGAGAAUAGGUUCGUUGAGUGUUACAACCCAAGAGAACCACUCCCAAUUAAAUUACGUUAAGUCGGACGAUGAAAUGGAUUGGGAAGAUAUAGAAACUGAUAAUAUUAUUGAAUCGGUUAAUGACUUGAGGCGAACUACUCAUAAAUAUGAACCGAUGGAAUGUACUCCGGAUACCAUUAUGCAUAGUGAUAAAAUAAACUGCUGUUUAGUAAUAGAUACUAAUAUUCUUUUAUCGAAUUUAAAAGCAUGUAUGGCUAUUGUUGAUAAAUACUUUUAUGAAUUUGGAUAUAUGACAAUAGUUUUACCUUGGCAAGUACUGCAUGAACUUGAUCAAAUGAAAAAAAGUGAAGAUGCUCUGGGAUAUAGAGCACGGGAAGCUACACGAUGGCUGUUAGAAAUGCUUUCAAAAAAUCACCCGCAACUGAAAGGACAGCCAAUGACUCAAAAAGAUAAUAUGACUCCUGAUGAUGCUAUUUUAAAAUGUGCUCUUAUUAUUAAAGGCAGAGUAAACACUGUUAUGUUGGUAACUGAUGACAAAAUAUUAAGUGUAAAAUCAGAAGUUAGUGGCAUACCAGUAAGGAAUUCCCUAUGGCUCUUAGAAAUUAUUAAAGAGAAAAACCCUAAUGAUGCAAAUGUUUUUCGGACUGCUGCUCAAAUGUAUCCUGAUAUUGAAAAAAACGUUUUUAUGAAUUUUGAACCACGUUUAGAGUACACAUUUGCUAGAAUUUUAAAACGAGCUUCAAUUAAAUAUACUAUUCAAUCCAAUAAUCCAAAAAUGUCUACCAAUUGGUGGAAAAUUUUUUCAAUGAGUCUACCAAUUAAUUUAAAUCAAAUGUUGAUAAAAAUGAAAGAAAACUGGCAUAUAGUUGCACCUCAACAGUUGUUUUACACUCCUAAAAAUCAAUUGAAGUGGUUAGCAAACUUUUUUAAAGACACACCAUCAUCUAUUAUUGAAAUUAGUUGGAAUGAUUUUUACUGUAUGCUAAAACACUGCACUGAUGUGAUAAAUGCUUUGCCUUACGAGUAUUUUGAAAUUACUGACAUACUUUUAAAUGAUUUGAUGAUAGCCAGGAAAAUUUUUAAACAUAAAUUAAAUACUUCUACAGCAUCAGUAGAAUCUGUAUCAUUCAAUAUGUCCAAGCUGGAGUUAUCCAAAGAAAAAAUUAAUGUUGAAUACAUUUUAAAUAAUAUCUUAUUGGGAGUUGACAAGUUUUGUUAUUACGUUUACAAAGUCAAUGGAUUGGCUAAUCCAUCUAAUUUAUUAGAAGAGAAACAAUGCAAAUUAUUACCUCUAAAAUCGGAAUUGAAUACACAAAUCGAUGAAUUUUACUCCAAAGUAACAACUAUUGUUGACAUCAUGUUAAAGAUUAACAAACUGGAUUCCGAAACCCUGUUGGAUAACCAGGAUACAAUUGUUAACGAGUUCCUUAAAUCAAUUAUUGGAUUUAAUAAAUAUUUUGCAAAGAUUAGUAAAAAGUCUGUGGCUGACUAUUGUUUAAUGAAAGAAAAAAAUUCAUUUUUAUAUGUACUUGUAUCAUUACAAAACCAUUUAUCUGCCAUUCAAAACAUUACUGAUAUCAAAAAGAAUAUGAGUACUACAAAAAAUUCAAAAUAAAUUAUUUUUAAAGACUGAGAGAACAAGACCGUUCCUAUUAUUACUAAAUUAAAACUAGGUUGUAUACAUAUAUUAAUGUUAACAAUAAGUGAAAGACUCGGUCAUUUUAGUUUUUGUUUAACUAUUAAAACAUGUUUACCAUAAAUUUAAAAUUGUUAAAAGUUCAUAGUUUUAACAUUACUACCUUGGUGUGUCUUAGUGGCAAAUUUUAUAUUGUUAUGUUUAUUUCAAAACAAUUUUUUUACAAAUUGAUUAACCGUUUUAUGUUAUUGUUUGUAUUAAUGAAUAAGUUUUAUACUUUAUAUUAAGGUAAUCAUAU